AGAGAUCAAUGGAAGACUAUUUCAUUUGAUAAACCUUCUACUCGUAAAGUUAAAACUCCUAAACCUAUGAAAACUGUUAAUAAACCCACAAAACAUCAACAACUUGAUUCACCUGCAUCUACUCCUGAAUUACUUAGUGAUUUAAGUGAUAUCGAUAUGAAUUCGUCAAUUUUUGACCUCGAUUUAUUUAAUGAUUGGGCCGAUUUCCUUGCCAAUCAAAAUGCCUAUCCGAGUCCCGACUUAUCAACAAUUUCCAGCUGUAAUAAUUCUCCUAGCAUAAAUAAUUUCGAUUUUGAUUUAGAAAUUUCUUCUUCUGACCAAUGUUUUGACUUACCAAUUCAAGCCGACCAACAAUUCAAUGAUGAUAUUGUAAAUAAUUUAUUAUUAACUGGUGAAAACCAAUUUUCUACCCAUGAUGGCCAGUAUGGACUCGGAAUUUUCGAUUUUUCUAAUGAAAUUUCUGAAAUAAAUCCACAUGAAAUCUUUAUAUCAAACACAUUUAUUUCCAAUGACAUUUCAAAUGAUUUUGUCAAUUCUAAUGAUCAACUAUCAUUCUUGCCUGACUUUGAAGUACUAAAUGCAACAAUAAAUCAGGAUGAUUUAAAUGAUUCAUUAAUUGCCUACGAUAUGGACUUGAAUUAUUUUCUCUAA